AUGAUUCCGGGUCAGCAUGGCGCAUCGCCCCUUCCAAGAGUGGCCGUCAUGAAAUUCACAAGUGGCCGGCCAGGUCUACUUCGUCUUCCACUGGCUGCGACCCGCCGUUCAUUUCUUUCCAAUAUGCACAGCAACAAGUUCCCUCCGAAAUGGAGGCUUUGGCACCCAAACCAGGGAAUCGUCUUCCAGCAGCCGCUCUACCCCGUUCUCGAUGUCGCUCGAUUCUUCACGGAGGCUUCUGCGGUGGAGGAUACCGGGGCUAAUUCGACUGGUUUGGGCCAGGAUGUGUCUGCGAAUCGUUUCAACAAUAAUCUGGGUUACAAUUCAGAUUCAAGUGACAACUCUUCUGGGUCUGAGGCCUACCAAACGCCACUGGCUGGGACACCACCUGCAGAGGCGAACCAAACCCCCUCGAUUCCAACGGGAAAAUCUGAGCCGAAGCCCGAGAAAGAAGAACUGCAACCUGCAACCACAGGGGCGCUUCCAAGCGGGCCCCCUUUCACCCCCCUCGACUACAAGAUUCCCGAGGACAGUUUUAGUGCUGCCGCAACGGCGGCCGAAGGUACAUCGGAAUCCUUUUGGUCAUACGCCAUGUACCGAGGCCCCGGCACUGAGGAGGACGGCACGGAUGAUGUGAAAAAAGUCACGGUGCACUACUGCAAGUCGGUCCAUACCGCGGAGCGAGUAUGCCAAUACUUCCUGGACGAGAAAGUCCUUGGGUUCGAUCUCGAAUGGUCCAUGGAAGGCUACAGGACACCCUCACCAAGAAAGAACGUAUCACUGGUCCAGCUGGCCAGCCAGUCCCGAAUAGCGCUGAUUCAUGUCGCCGUGUUCCCGUACAAGGAUCAACUGGUCCCUCCGACUCUGAAAACGAUCAUGGAGAACCCAGAGAUCACCAAGGCUGGGGUGUGGAUCAAGGGCGACUGCACGAGGCUUCAGAAGUACCUGGGCAUCGAAUCCCGAGGGGUCUUUGAACUCAGCCACUUGUUCCGCCAAGUCAAGUAUACCAAGGAAGGGAGGCACGACAUGAUCAAUAAGAGACUCGUACGGCUGGCCGACCAAGUCAAAGAAACGAUCCAUUUGCCCAUGUUCAAAGGGCCGGAUGUGAGAACAAGCGAUUGGUCCAAGGUACUGAACAUGGACCAGAUUGUGUACUCGGCGUCAGAUGCGUACGCGGCGGUCCAGCUCUAUGCCAUGCUGAACCACCAACGCGAGGAACUCGACCCGAUGCCACCCAUGCCCUUCCACGUAGAGCAAAACAAGCCAAUCCCUCGGGCCCCUGGCUACGAAAGCUCAAGCUCCGAUGAAGCUGACAAUGCUGAGGAUGAGGAAGAAGACAAGACGAAUGCUGAAUACACAGCAUCUACGUUCACGUCCGACCAGCUCAAGGCACUUGGUGAAUCUAUCCAAGUAGAAACCGGCGAGGAGGACUUCAACGACAGCAAAGCCACCACAGAGGCAGCAAAACCCACCAAGCCCAAGUCCAGAUCCUCCGCAGCAAAAAAGCCAGCGCCACCAAAAGACCCCAGAGUCGUCGCCGCAGAGACAUGGCUCAUGGAAUACAAGGCAACACGGCCGGGAGGAAAGACCAAGGCUGGAGGUGCAGCUCUCCGGGCGUACUUUAUCUGGCAUGCGAAUGACGACCUGAGCAUCGAUGAUAUCGCGAAGCUUCUCAGGGAUCCUCCGCUACAGCUGCUCACCGUCAGUGGUUACAUUCUCGAAGCAGUUAGGGUCGAGAGGCUGGCGUACGACAGAGUGCGGCUCAGGCGAGUGCUCGAUCUCUAUCCCCCGGACGUGGCUCAGAUGAGAUUUGGUUCACUGGUGAGGGCCACGGCAAAUGUGUCUGUCUAG